AUGUCAUGGUUCUGCCGAAACAGGUACUAGAGCGGGGACCUGGUGUUCGCCAAGUUAAAGGGCUACGCCCACUGGCCGUCCAGGAUCCAGCAUAUGGCCAAAGCCAACAGCUCGUUUUUCUUCGGGACCCACAAGACGGCCUUCCUGGGCCCCAAGCAUCUCUUCCCGUAUGAGGAGUCCAAGGAGAAGUUCGGCAAACCCAGCAAGAGGAGAGGGUUCAGCCAGGGGCUGUGGGAGAUGGAGAAAACUCCACCUGUUUAGGCUUCCGAUUACCUGUUCGCCCGAGAGAAGAGCUGCCCCGAGCCCAAGCCCAAACCCUAGGUCACCGAGGACGGCGGGGACCCGAAGAGCCCCACAGACGGCGGCGGCCGUGGGCUGAGCAGGGGGGAACCCGGCAUCCACCUGCCGGCGGAGGAGGACGAGAUUCAGCCGCUGAAGAGAACCGCGGCGGCCCCGCCAGAGGACAUCCCCAAAAAACCCAGAGAGGCCGAUCCCGAAGAAGGGGAGGAGAUGGAGGAGGUGGUGACCGCCUCCGUGGAGGAUGCCAGGCCGCUCCUCGUGGAGGCGGAGAAUCACAGCCCUGUGUCUGAGCCGAGCCCCGCCUGCGGGACGAGCCGGAGCAGGAGGAAGAGGCUGCCGAGAGAGGCGGGAGGGCCCAGGCGUCUGAGGCUUCUAGAGCUGGUAGUCACCAAAGUUUCAAGAAGAACCCCAGCCCGGUUCCUGCUGUGGCCUGGCUGUUAA